AUGGCAGUGUCAGAUCGUUACCGUCUGCGGCUGCUGCCGGAGGCCGUUAUGAUGUCGCCUGCAGCCCUGUUCUCCAUCCUGACGCCAACCGAACCGAAGGCUCUGGGCGCCGUCUCCGGGCCAUGCGUCCUCCUGCUGGCCGCGGGCGAAGAGCCAGAGGCGUCACUGGCCAGCCGUUUCCGAUGCCACGUCGAGCCGACCGAAGCUGCACUAAGGGAGGCGGCCUCUCUGGUCCAAGAGGCGUUCUUGGCACCACCGCCGCUUGUGAGCUACGACGUGGAGCCCGGCGAUUCCUCCGAGGAAGAGGGUGGUAGCCAGGAAGGUGCGGGAGGCAUUCGGCUGCGAGUCCGGCUUCGGCGCGAGGGGGACGACAAGUGGGGCAUCAAAUGGCACAAGCAGAUGUUCAAGUCGUCGCACAGACUAGUGGUGGAUGAGGUGGUGGAGGGAUCCCUCAUCGAUCGCUGGAACGAAUGCCAGCCCGCAGGUCUCCAGGUGCGCUACGGAGACCGCCUGCAGCGAAUCAACGGGAUCUCCAUAGGCCGCUCUGCCGCCGAGGCGGCGCCGAAGUUCCGAGCGGAGCUGCAAAAGGAGGAGAUGCGGGCCCUGUUUUGGAGGCCUGGCAGCGCUGAACCUCCUCAAAAGCAGACCGCUGCGGCAGUGGCGGUAACCUUGGCUGCAUCGCCCAGUUGCGGCGGCUUGUCGGCUGCCAUUGCAGUGGCUGCAGCACAUGCGCUGACAUACACGGAGGUUACCUGUGCGGACGAGCUCCUGCAGCAGCUCAGCGAGGGACGGGAGGCGAGCCUCGACAGUUGGCAGAGCGCGCUUCAGUGCAUGGCGCCUUUGCAGGCGGCGGCAGCUGCAUCUGUGGUUCGCCAAGAUUUCAAAGAGAGGGCCGACCCCGGCAACGGCUCGGUGACCGAGCACAAUCUUGAGGAGGCGACCAACGAAGCGACCGCAGCUGACAGCGAUGAAGAUGCUGUGCACGGAGCUAUGCCGGAAAGGACUCCCGAGUGGACGUACUUCUGUCGGAAGUGUGGUGCAGCCCUCUUUCACGACCUCGAUGUCCUCCAGCACCAGCGAGGAGGGCAGCGACAGGCUGGCUACGGCGACUGGCGAGCCGAUCGCCAGGCUGAAGCUGCCGCUGGCACGAAGAUCGACUGCACCUCCUUGUUUGUCCAGCCCAUGAAGUGGAUGGGCGACCUGCAUGACCAGAGCGGACGCCUCGUCUGCGGCAACCCAACCUGCAAGCAGAAGCUCGGGGGCUUCAGCUGGCACGGCCUUCCAUGCUCGUGCGGCGAAUGGCAGAGCCCUGCAUUUCAGAUUCACUGCGCACGCUUGGACUGCAUGCCCGCGGGCCGGCGCACUAAAGGGCCUGCACCCGAAGCAGUCUUCGCAGAGGCAGCCUGA